AUGAUUAGAUUAGAUGUUCCAACACCAUGAGCAAUGACUUUUCAAGAUUCAGCUACUCCUAAUAUGGAAGGUAUAGCUGAAUUACAUGAUCAUAUCAUGUAUUAUUUAGCUGUUGUUUUAGGUUUAGUAUCAUAUAUUUUAUAUAUUGUUGUUAAAGAUUUUAAAAAUAAUACUAUAUCAUAUAAAUUUUUAAAACAUGGACAAACAAUAGAAAUAAUAUGAACUAUAUUCCCCGCAGCUGUAUUAUUAGUUAUAGCAUUCCCUAGUUUUAUAUUAUUAUAUUUAUGUGAUGAAGUUUUAACACCAGCUAUGACUAUUAAAGUUAUAGGUUUACAAUGAUAUUGAAAAUAUGAAUAUUCAGAUUUUGUAUCAGAAACUGGAGAAACAAUAGAAUUUGAAUCAUAUGUUAUACCAGAAGAUAUGUUAGAGGAAGGACAAUUAAGAUUAUUAGAUACUGAUACAUCUAUUGUUUUACCUGUUGAUACACAUGUAAGAUUUAUUGUAACAGCUAAUGAUGUAUUACAUAGUUUUGCUGUACCAUCAUUAGGUAUUAAAAUUGAUGCUACACCAGGUAGAUUAAAUCAAGUUAGUGCUUUAUUACAACGUACAGGUGUAUUCUAUGGACAAUGUAGUGAAUUAUGUGGAGUUAAUCAUGGAUUAAUGCCUAUUAAAGUUGAAUGUGUUACAAUUAAUGAAUUCAUUGAAUGAUUAGGUGAAGCUGAAUAA